AUGGAGACCCAGUUUGACCCAAUAACAAGUUCGAUAUCUUACAGUAAAUUGAAAUCACUGCCUCCACUCCCCCAUUACAAACAACUAAUAUGGAACUCUAUAUUCAAUGAUUCAAUAGAUGAAUUGCAAAACGUUCAGAACGACUUAAUUAAUUGUCAUAGUAUCAUACAAGCAGAUAUCAAUGAUGAACUGAAACAAAUCGAUAUAAUAGAAAAUCAUUUGAAAUCAUCAUUGAAAAAAAUUGACUCAUUUUAUAAAAAGAAAAUUAUUAAACGAAGAAAUCAUAACUCUGGUUUCAAUCAUGAUUCCAAAUCAUUAGAUAAAUUGUUUAUCAAUGUUGAUUCCAUUAAGGAAAAUGUUUCCAUAAUAGAUAAUGAUUUGAACGAUAUAAUAGCUGAUUUCAUAAAAUUAGAUUCAAAUUUACCAAGGAAAAAUCAAUUAUUAUCAUUAUCAUCAUCUUCAGAGACUUCUGUAAAUCAGUCACAUUAUCCACUCUUGUUUCAAUUAAUCAAAGAAAAGGUAAAUUUGCCGUCAUCAUCAGAGACAAACCGUAGAAAAUCAAAUUCUAACAGUUCAUCUUCAAAAAGCAAUCCUAACCUGAAUACUAUUGAUCAGAAAAAGGGUCCUGUAACAAAAUGGAAUCCAGUAUCUCCUACCUUAAUACCACCAGUUUUAACUUCCAAGAAAACAACUGAACCAUCAAUAUCGACAAUAAAUGAAGAUAUUAACAUCAAUGGUGAUAUAAUUCAAGCAGCAAAACUUUCUCUUGACGAUUUGAAAACCUGCAUAUAA